UUAUCGUUACAUUCGCUAUGCAACAAUUAAAGUUGCAAGAACUGACAGAAGCCCACAGUGGGCGCAGAUAGUGGUUUUUAAACAGUCAUGACUCUUGUUUUGGUCUAUUUGUUUGAUUCAGGCCAGUGGUAACGGAAGAAAAUCCGGAUGAAUCCCAAAAUUCCUUGUAAGUGAUAAAAAAUAAACAGGUUGAAACAGGUUUGACAGGUUUCAAGGUGACUAGCCUGAUCUGAAAUAGUCUUGUAUGAUGAGGACUUUAGUUGAACAGCAGGAAACUUACUCACUUGAUGCUAAACUUCGUGUUAUUUUUUGUGUAAGAAUGAAAAGUAUUUAAAAGACUAUAUAUCUCAUCGUUUAUCAGUUUUGUGACUGUCAACUAAAAUGAACUGAGUCUCCUUGCAACAAUUUUUGAAGUUCCUUGUCACGAGCAGGGCAUAAAUUACGAGAUUAUUUCAUGCAUAAUGGUGCUAACGUAAUCAUGUACCAUUAUUCUCAAUUAUGUCAUAUGUUUUUGUUAAAUUUGGAUAUGAUAGAGAGAAUUCAAACAACAGCUCCAAGUCUGGUCUGGGAGAGGGACUGGACGGUAGGAUCAAUCUGAUAUCUGAUAGAGAUUUCCGAGAGAGAAAUGAUGCCUUAAGGAUUGACACGGGAAAUGACAAGCAAGGGGCAGACUCCCAGUUAAAACCUGUGACAGUUGAUUUUCACCACGAAGAAAACAGGACAGCUCAUAAAACUGAUGACUACGAGAUACCACAAUUGAUAGUCAGACGAGGAAAGGAGUUUGACUUCACUGUGACUUUUAACAGAGACUAUCACCCGGAAGUUGACGUCAUAGUUGUACAGUUUGUUACAGGAAAACGACCCCAGGAAAGUAAAGGAUCGAUCAUACGGGUGUCAAUUCAAGACCGCCUCACCACAAAUCAGUGGGGAAUGCAGGUCAAAGAAGCCAGUGGAAACACAGUCCAUCUGUCAAUCAUGUCAUCAGCAAAAUCCAUUACUGGUCGAUAUGACGUACUCAUCGAGACAAACAGCACAGCCUCAUCUGGAGAUGACUCCUUGUUUCGACACAAAGUCGAGGAGCAGAUUUGUGUACUCUUUAAUCCUUGGUGUUCGGACGAUACAGUCUUCAUGGAAAAUAAUGAACAUCAUAAUGAAUAUGUCAUGGAGGAUUUUGGCUACAUAUGGAGAGGGAUUUCCGGGCAGUUCAAAAAAAUUCCUUGGGCAUUCGGUCAGUUUGAGGAUGUUGCCUUGAAUUGUGCACUGUGGCUGUUGGAUAAAGCUGAGCUUUCCUGUAUCGCGCGAUCCAGCCCAAUCCAUGUUGUGCGUACAAUAUCAGCAAUGGUCAACUCAAACGACAAGGACGGUGGGAUUUUGUCUGGACGUUGGUCCAAUACAUUCCCUGAAGGAACAACACCACCGCUGGCCUGGACUGGAAGCACUGCCAUUCUGGAAGAGUUCUGGAGAACGAAAACGACUGUUCGAUACGGACAAUGCUGGGUGUUCUCUGGACUAGUAACAGCAUUACUGAGGGCGCUAGGAAUCCCAACUCGAAGCGUGACGAAUUUUGAUUCCGCUCACGACUGUGAUGGCAGCAUGACGAUCGAUUAUCAUUUUGAUGAGGAGGGAGAUCUCAUCCCUCACAUGAACGACUCAGUGUGGAACUACCAUGUGUGGAACGAAUCAUGGUUCAAGCGUCCAGAUUUGCCAGAUGGUCAUGAUGGAUGGCAGGUGCAUGAUGCCACACCCCAAGAGACAAGUGAAGGUGUCUUUCGCUGUGGUCCUGCAUCAUUAAAAGCGGUUAAAAAAGGAGAAGUGUACCUUCCUUACGACACUGCUUUUGUGUUCGCUGAAGUAAACGGCGAUCGUGUUUACUGGAAUGUCAAGAAAUCUGAUGGUUCAAUGAAAGCUUUUUCCGUGGACAAGAAGUAUGUUGGAAACUCGAUUAGCACGAAGGCUGUCGGAUCCGAAGAAAGGGAGGACAUCACCCAUGAUUAUAAAUAUCCUGAAGGUUCUGAAGAAGAGAGGAAUGCUGUCAAAUACGCCUUCCAGUUUAGCAGCCGCACCGAACACGAAAUUUACCAAUAUCAAAGCGAGGAUGUUGAAUUUCGUCUCGACGUGCGAGACACUGUGUACAUGGGCAACAGUUUUGACGUUGCCGUUGUCGUGGAAAACAAGUCAGAAAAUACGAGAAACAUCAAGGUUAACUUUACAGCUGUCUUAAGUCAUUACACUGAUGUUCCUGUUAAGAAACUGAAAACAUACAAGCUUCAGUUCCUAUUAAACUCCAAAGCAGAGAAACGUUUAGAGUUGAAAAUUGAACCCAAAGAUUACAUCACCAAGACAGGAGCGGAUGUCACCAUUAAGUUGUACGUUAAGGGUUUAGUGGAGGAGACAGGUCAGUCCUUUGCUGCUCAGGAUGUGGUGGAGCUCACCAAACCCGCGCUGGAAGUUACGGCAUCGUCAUCGCAAGUGAAGAUUGGUGAAGAAGUUGAGGUAACCGCGUCAUUCACGAACCCUUUGCCAAUACCCCUAACAAAAGGACAAUUCCAUCUGGAAGCCACUCGUAUGAAACCCAAGUCACUUGUGGUCGACUGCAAGGGCCCUGUGGGUUCUAAGGAAGAAGCCAAGAUCACUGCCAAGUUCACAGCAGCCAGAAAAGGAAAGCAUCACAUCGCUGUCAGCUUCCAGUCUAACGAACUCACUGAUGUUCAUGGCGAUUGUACUGUUUCUGAACCAGAAGCACGUUAAAUUUUACAUCUUCAAGGCGUUUGAUGCCGAU